AUGCCAGCUAGAUUCUCAAUGCACUUAGACUUGUUCCCCUUCUUUGCUCGGAAUAACGGCUCUUUCCUUUCUGCCUGCGCGAUACCUUCAGAACAACCCCCUGAGUGCGUGCCUAAGGAGGACCGCGCAGUGCGACACGUUCUCGACGUGCUACAGCCCUACAGCGAGGAGGAAGGGGGACCGCUGCACAUCCAGCAUGUGAGCUACGUGGAGGGGCGGGGCAACCUCAUCAUCACGUACAAGGGCUCACACCCCUCCAACGUCCUCUCCUUCGUCGGCUGUCACAUGGACGUCGUCACCGCCAACCCUGAUGACUGGGACUUUGACCCCUUUACCUUCUCUCGGGACGGUGACAAGCUGAGGGGCAGGGGCACCACGGACUGCCUGGGCCACGUGGCGCUCGUCACGGAGCUCAUGCGCCAGCUGGCAGUCUGCCGCCCGGAGCUGGGCGCGACAGUGGUGGCGGUGCUAAUAGCCAACGAGGAGAACGCGACAGUGAAGGACAUUGGUGUGGAUGGGCUGGUGAAGGCGGGGCUUUUGGAUCAUCUCAAGAACGGUCCUCUCUUCUGGGUGGACACAGCAGACAAGCAGCCGUGCAUUGGCACGGGGGGCAUGCUGGCAUGGAAGCUCAAGGCGUUCGGGAAGCUCUUCCACUCGGGGCUGCCCCACAAGGCAGUGAACCCCAUAGAGCUGGCCAUGACAGCCCUGGCAGAGAUCCAGACCCGCUUCUAUCAGGACUUCCCUCCCCAUGCCAUGGAGGAGACGUAUGGGUUCGCCACCCCAUCCACCAUGAAGCCCACUCAGUGGUCGUAUCCGGGCGGCAGUGUGAAUCAGAUCCCAGGGGAGUGCACGAUUGCAGGGGAUUGCAGGAUAACGCCCUUCUAUGAUGUGGACGAAGUAGCAGCGAAAUUGAGGGGGUACGUGGCAGACAUAAACGCCAACCUGGCCACGCUCUCAGGCCCCGGGCCGUGCUCAAAAUUUGUUCUGCCCGAAGAAAAUCUGCAGGGCAGGCUUGAGCUGGAGAUAGCUGAGGCGCCAAUGAAGGGCGUCGCAUGUAACCUGGACUCGCCUGGUUACCACGCGCUGGUAACCGCCACAAAGGAGGUGAUGGGCGAGUGCAAGCCGUACUCAAUCACGGGAUCCCUGCCAUUGAUUCGCGAUCUGCAGGAGGCAGGAUUCGAUGUACAGACCAUGGGAUACGGUGUCAUGGCCACUUAUCAUGCACGAAACGAGUAUGCGCUGCUGUCCGACUUCAAGCUCGGCUAUCGCGUCCUUACCAACCUUAUACACCGCCUCUCCAGCUUUCCCGGGGACUGCACCUCCAUAAUCGUGGAAGCUAUGCGACAAUUACCUGAUAACGUGUCCAGCUAUUCUCGGAGCUACGAUGGAACCAUGCUCGCAUUCCUGGUGCGUGACGGAGUCGUAUACACACUCGGCGGCCAUGAAGCACUAGACAAAGUCCGCGCUUAUAAGUUUCUGCAGCAGCUCCAUUCCAUUCAUGUUCUAGCAGCAACCAAGAACGGAAAAUUCCGCACCGACUUGCUCACCUCCCCGUACAAUCACGCCCUUCACAAGCUCAGCUCGCAUAUAGGCUCGCUCACAGCCAGCGUGCGCGGAACAAUACCCCCACGUGAGCCCCUGAUUGUCUACCCGGACGCUCCGAAGGCCUACCUGACCUGCCGUUCCAGAGAUGAGCUUCUGGCCAAGUCCCCCCUGCACCCACGAGCUGCUUCUACAGCCACUUCUACAGCCGCUGCCACAGCCUCUUCUACAGUCGCUGGUACAGCCACGCCUUUUGUUUCUGCCACCGCUGCAGCUGCUACAACCAAGGCCGCUCCCUCUGUCACGUCUGUGACAGCUGAACCGAGCUUGUUUACUGCGAUUAAUUCAAUGGAUUCACCAGAAGGCAGGAGGGCGAGUGUAGAGAGGUCCAGGAGGUUACAGCUGAGGUUGGGGAAGUUAAGUGGUGGUGUCGGGGAAGAAGAGGGGAGCAUGGGGCUGGGAGUAGAGAGGGGCAUGGGGGGCAUGGGAGCAAGAGGGAGGUCUGUUAGUAGUGGGGGGUCUGGAGGAGCGUGGUCCGGUUGUGAUGAGGAUUUAUCUGGCAAUGGACUAUCGGGUAGGGCUGGUUCGUUCCCAAGCCUCUCUCCUGCUCGUCUGGUUACUGCAGCCGGAGCAGCUGGAACAGCAGGGGCAGCAAGAGCAGCCGGAGCAGCUGGGGCAGCAGGGGCAGCAGGGGCAGCAGGGGCAGUAGGGACAGCAAGGGCAGCAGGAGGAAGAGGCAAGGCUUCUGUGGUUGCUUAUGGGCGCUGUAGGUCCUUGUCGUUUGGAGGAAGCAGCAACACGCGCAUGCAGGCUGAUGAUUGCAGCGGUGGCGAGGAUGACUAUACAGAGGACAGUUUUGAUGAGGAGGACCGGGUAGACAAGAUACGUGGGGCAGGGUUAGUAAGCGCAGAAGCAGGGUUCUCGAGAGGCGGUUCGGGGGAUGAUUUGUUUGACGAUAUCUCAGAAGGCGAUGAGGGCGAUUCUGAUGCGUUUGAGUGGCGCCCAUCUCGCCGCCGCACUCGCAUGCUGCGCGGAGUGGCCCGUUCCACGUCAGCAGUCACCUCUCCCACAACCGCUGUUCCCGCGUCGGUGUCGCUGGGUGUGACGGGCACGUCGUUUUCUCCCGGUGGUGGUUUGAAUUCAAGUGUGGGGGAUGAUGGUACCUUGGGUGGGGUGUUUCCUCGUCCCAGCAGUGUGGGUUCUGCUGGCAGGCGUGAUCAUGGCGAUGGUGAGAGCAGGCGUGGUGGCAGCGGUGACGGUGGGAGGAGGUAUGGUAGUGGCGAUCGUGGGAGCAGAGAGGCAAGAGGGGACAGGCACGGGUCUAGCAGUGGCUGUGGCAAUGGCACGGCCGACGGUUACACCGAUACCACCAGUGGUUACACAGACGGCACAGGCGGUUACCACCAUGCACGCGAACCCUCCGUCUUUUCCCCUGUAGCAGAGGACGAGGGCCAGGAGCCCCUCUCCUCCUCCACACUCUCCUCCUCCGCGUCUUCCUCUGCAGCCUCCCUCUUUCUUCGCUCUAUGAGCUCUGGUAGGGCCGAGGACUUGUUACUGCAGCAGUUUCACCGCCACCUCUCCCCUGAGGUCCGGCCCGGCACUUCCGGUGGUGUCUGGGGAAGCAGGAACCACGCAGGUGACAAUUCAAGUGGAAAUCGGAGUUCCGGGGAUUGGGGUAGCGGUAAUGGUGGGAGCGGAUUCACAGGGAAGGGAAAGGACGGGGUGGAUGGACGAGUGCAAGGUGGGCGCAGGGGUGAGGUGGGGCGAGGAGGGGGUGGUGCGGUAUUGGGUGCAGAAGCAGCAGCAGCAGGACUACGAGGGGCGUUUGUGACUGGGAGAGCGCGCAGCAGCAGCUGCAGUGGUGCUGUUGGUGGGUUUGCAGGCAGAGGAGGCGGCGGAUGGGGCGGGGAAGACGACGAGGGAAGCACACCUGGGGGAGGUACACCUGCGGGAGGGACACCCAAGGGGGGCGGAUAUGGAAGCGGGGCGAGCAGCGGGGCAGAAAGCACUGGGUCGGUGAUAGAAAGAGGCGGCGGUGGUGAGGCUCAGAAGCAGCGGUGGCAGGAAUAUCAGCAGCUGCUGCCGCCGCUGACGCUGCCGCCUGUGUUGGAACGCAGGCUGAAAAUGCAGGAGGCGGUUUUAAAGAGGCAGGAGGCGCUGCUGCUGGAAGAGCUGCAGCAGCAGAAGGCACUUCAGGAGCAGAAGGUGUUGCAGGAACAGAAGAGAGCUGAGGAGCAGCGAAAGCAGGUGGGGGAAGAAAAGCUGCAGCAGGAGCAGCAGCAGGAGAAGCAAACGGAGAGGCAGCAGCUUGCGGGAAAGCAGGAGGCGGAUCUGGUUUCGGAGCAGGUUGAGAGGCAGCAGAAGCAAACAGAGCUACAAUCAAAUGGACAGCAGGGUCUGCCAGGGCCAGAGCAGCAACAGCAGCAGCAGUCGCCGCAGCUACAGCCGCCGCUACAGCCCCAUCCGCCCCAGAAACCAAGGCUGGAGCCGCAGCCUCCCCAGCAGCCCAGGAAGGAUCGUGACCGUCCGUUUGUGCGGCAGCGGAUCUGCCACUCGGACGAGUUCAUCCGCCUGCCAGCUGGCAUGACCGCCCGCGGGGGCGGCAGCCUUGUUGGGUUGUCCACGCGGGCGCGCUGCCUGGCUGCUGCUGCCACGUCAGCAGAGUCUCCUACGGGCGGCAGACUGAGCAUGGGAGAAGGAGAAGGAGGGGGAUGGGGAGGAGGCGACGGGGUAGGAGGAGGAAGGGAGGGAGCAGGAGGAGGAGGAGGAGGAGGAGGAGGAGGGGACGAUGGAGGAGGGGGCAGAGGAAGGGGAAGAGGGGAAAAUGGAGGAGGGCGGCCAGUAGGAGCAGGGGGAGGAAGGGGCAGGGGACGAGGGGGGGGAUGGUCCAGGGAGAUCCCUAUAUCCCUGUCCAUUUCCGGAAUACCCCCAUCAGUUCUCGAUGCGCAAUCAGGCACCAUGCAUGACGCUAUGGCAGAUGCUGUGACGCCCACACAGUCCCCCAUCUGCACGCCCCCUCCAUACGCGCGCUCGCUCGUGUACGGUCGUUCCCCCCGCACGACAUUCGACCGCUAUCGCAUCCGCAGCCUGGGGGCCAUCCCCCCGGGAGGGCUUGUGGCUGGGUCCAUUGUCGUUCGGCCGACCAGCAGCAGUGUUCCAUCUGCUAGCCCCUCGUCUGCUGCUGAUCUCAAACAGUCUACGACUCUCGUGCCGCAGGGUGAAAACGGUUCUGCUGCUAUUGGAGCAGCAGGAGCAGCAGGAGACGCAGCAUCGGCCACCGCAACAGCUGCAGCAGAAGCAGGGGGUGCAUGUGAUGGUGGUGACCGUGCGAGUGCCCGUCUCUCUGUCUCCGAUUGGGUACGCUCCUCUUCCACCUCCUCCUCAACUCCUGCCAAAGCAUCCGGUGCUGACGCUGCAGCAGCAGGAGGGACAGCAGAAGAUGCGGCUGUAGCUCCAGGUGUCAUCUCAGGUGAAAACUCAGGUGGAGACUCAGAUGACAGUACGGGCGGGUGUGCAGGGUGGUUGGAGGGGAAGGAACGAGGUAGCAGCCUUCUCUUUGCUGUUCCCGCUGCCCCGAAUUCCCGUACAGCUACAGGUGUAGCGGCAGGUGGGGCAGGUGGGGCAGCAGGGAGAGGUGGGGACAGAAGCCCCUCUGCAGCCAAUGCUAGUGCUGCUCGUGCUGCUUCUACUGCAGUCACUCAAGGCCCGAUCCUUGUGCUUGAUUCAGCAGCAGGCUCUUCUAAAUCCUUUCCCAGGCACGUAUCACCACCAUCACCGCCACCAUCACCACCACCAUCUGGCACAGCAGCGUUAGCAGGGCUAUCACCUGGGAGGUCCCUCCACCAUUCCUCAAGGUCACCCACACCAGUUAUCACCUACCCCGAUUUCACAGAGCUCACUCUCGACCUAUCAGAGGCCAUUCCCCUCACCCCCUCCCGCUCUGCCAAGGGGUUUUCCCUGCCCGCCUCGCCUGCUGCUGUCGCGUUUGCUGCUGCCGUGGCUGAGGUUGACGCAUCUGGAUUCGCUGUACCGGAGCAGAUGCUGAGGGCAGAGAAGGGCGGGAAUGAGCUAGGGUCGGAGAAGGGCGGAGCAGGAGGGUCGUUCGCGUCGUGGCGCUCGGGGAGUGGUGCUAGCAGCGGGGGGAGCGUGAGCCGGGGCAAGGCAACGAAAAAGGAGCUUCCAACAUGCUGUGUUAUCAGCUGA